GCCACCUCAACACUGAAAACUUGACAGACUUCGGUUUUGAAUUUUCUUAGCAUUAGUCGCUAAGUUAUGUUUAUUUUCAAAGUAUAUGUUUCAGUGGCUUUGCAAAUACGCUCCAUGGGUUUCACGUUUUGUUUGUUUUAUUCCUAUAAUUAACCUUGAAGACCACUGCGUUGCCUAUCUGUUUGUUGUUAGUUGGCGAUGGAGUUGACAAUCCCGGUUGAACAGAUUGGAUCCGAACACCAAAAGAUUCCGGCACUGUUGGUUGGUAUUGAAAAAACGGUGUGUACAAUACGGUACAGUGCAAAUCACUGUACAAUUAAAGUCGGUCUUUCCGAGCUUCAGUUGGCCCCAAAUGCGUUUUCGGUCAACGACAAGCUGGAUGUCCAAUCUGGUUCGUCUGAAAAUGAGGAAACGCCUCAUAAUUCAAAUCAUAACUUCUCACUCAGAGAUGCUGUUGAGGUCUGGCUAGAUUCUGGUUCAACUGUAAAGAAAAAAAGUACAGCAGAUGUAGAAACGAGCGACUCUGUAGAAACUAUAUCUGGUGGUCCACCUGGGGCGUGGUGGCCUGGUCGAGUUCUUACCAUACAAGGUGGCUUCGCACAUGUCGAGGUUGCUGCCCCAUUACAGGAGUACACUGGUGUAGAAGAUAAACCAACUGCACAUGCCAUGCCUCAUUUAAUUGGACUUGGUUCUGUAGUCUUGCCAUAUCACUCAACACUUGUCAAGGUAACGGAAAUUCGAGUUCCAUGGAAUGGCAAGUUUUCGUGUGAUCAUACGGAGGAUCGAUCUCAAGCGGGUACUUUGACAUCAGGCUUCAUUAAGGAUAACUUAGUCGAAUCGAAUAAUUUGUUAGUCCCAGGAAUCCUUCAUCGUCACAGUAUUUGCAUUCCAGCUUACUUGUAUCGAUUAGCAGCCAAUCCAGAAUCGCAUUCAACUUUAGCUAAAUUUUGUAGUGCUCCAUGUCUUAUCCAGUGUGAUUCUGAACCAUUUCUCCCAGGGACGUUUGCGAAAUUGAUACUAGGAGAUAAAGAGGGAUCAAAUGGGUCUGGACGACACAUAUCAGUUCAUGCAGACUAUGGAUCAUUGAGCCCUUCCUUGUGUCUAUCGACAUAUACAUGGCCUUCGCUAUCUCUGAUAUCACAAGCAGCUAUGAUGAAUGUUCCGUAUAUCGCCGGGACACUGAGUCCAGCAGGGAUUACAGACCCAAACAUCCUUUUGACAGGUCUACCUGGAGCCAAUGGACCUCUUGUACUGCUCCAUAUCUGGUCCGGUUCGUCUGAAGCAAUUCGACGCGCAACUUUCUUAGAAUUGGGACACAUUCGUUUGUUGGCUGUUCGAUUCCACUUGCUAAGAAACUUAUCCAAAGGGGAGACUGGUGAUCUGGAAUUGUCCAACAGCGGUGAACUAGAUGGCGAUGCUCCUGCAAUUCAUUGUAAACCUAUAAGUAUGCCAGCAACUGUGUCCAGUGACAAACAAGCGUCUAGUGGGAUGAUUAUUGGUUAUGAAUGUCGUUUUCGAAUUUUGCCACAUUUGAUUGGUCUCGCUAUUGGACAUCGUGGUGCAACUAUUCAAGAAGCUCGAGGAAUACCUGGAGUUCGUGCGGUGGAUCUUCUUUUUGAUGGCAUAAUCCAUGUAGAAGCUGAGACUAUUGAAGCAUGUCACGGAGUGAGAAAUCUUUUGGAUUUCACUGAAGUUGAGAUUCCAGUCCAACCACGAUUAGCAAGUAGACUGGUCGGAUCAAAAGGCAUGAAUAUUCGCAAAUUAGCAAAAGCUGCAGGUGUUCGGCGAGCUAAGCUACUUGAUCCUUUCGCUAGAAAACGCAGACUAAUGGCUCAACGUCAAAGUCAUUGUCCAGUACGUGUUGACUUGGAACGUGGAGGUUCUGUAACAGAUGGCGAUGCUCAUGAAGAUACAUCAAAUGGUGAAGAAACUGACAACGGGAAUGAAAAGCUUUCUGUCAAUCUGGAUGGUUAUUUGAAUGAUGACAAGAACUCCGGUGGUAUCGUCGACUUAUCCCCUGCUUUCUCUCUUGUUGGUACACGUUCAUCUGUUGAGAAAAUGCGUCUACUACUUGAAUUCCAAGCAGAUAAUUGGAAUGAACUAGAUAAAUUAGAAGAAGCCCGAAGAUCGUUGUUUAGUCAGUUGCGUCAAACCAAUCAACUCAAUCACCAAUCGGAUUCUGUAUCACCUACUCGCAUUUCGAAUGGAAGGCCUAGUAAAGGUGGUGGGAAUUUCGGGUUUGUAUUUAUUUCAAAUUUUUUUAAAUUUUAUCUAUAUUUUAAGUUUCUUCUGGUUUGUGACCGAACUUCAUGAAUAAUGGUAUUCUUUAUUUCCAUACUUUGAUUCCAAUCAAAUAUUUACUCUCAUGGCUAUAUUUCGUCUAUUAGCUUAGUAGAACAUUGUACUUUCAUAGAUUAUACAGACUCAUAUUUUUUAUAUUUGACAAUCCUGUCAGUUGCACUUUUGAAUAGUGAACCCCCUUAAAAUGCAGUUACUUUUAUUACUUUUUCAAUCUAUAAUAUACACUUUUCUCAGCAGUCUUUAUCAAUUAAGAGUUGGUAUAAAUAAGGUAGUUCACACACAUUGGAGUAUACAAUUUGUAUUAAAUGUGGCCUACUUUACAUAAGACCUUUUUGUUUCACCAUGAUUUUCAUAGCUAUCAAUAUAGUUCGAAUAAAUCACAUUUACUAAGUAAAGUUAAGUCAUAAUUUCUCGUCGGCAGUACUUUUGAACGUAGAACCUACAUGUUUUUUCAUUUAUUUUAAAUACGAACUCAAAGACUCCUUGUCUGAUUUCAUAAGCUGUAAUUAACAAAGACUCGUGUAAAGCAUCUUUAGAUUAAGAACUUAUUUAUGCAUGUUUGUUAUCAUCUGAUAUAAUGUAAUUAGUUCAAGUCCAAACUUUGUCAGUAGAUGCAAGCUACUUGGCUGAGAUGUGCGUGGUCAGUGGCCGGAAACAUUGGCUAAAAUGCCUCAGGUACGAUCACAAUGGUGCAGAUACAUUCAUUUAUCUUUCCUUAAGUUUUGGGCUUCAAUAUUUUAUUUAUACUCGUUUUCUGAAUUUAUCCCUUUUUAGAACUCUAUCCGCCAAAAGUAGUCUUUAUCAUAAAUAGUAAUAGUACCUUAACUCUUAUAGCAUAUAAUAGAUUAAUUUCACCUCGAUUUGUUGAUGUUACUUCGCAACUUGGGUUGCUGGUCAGUUGUCCCAGGCUUUAUAUCGAAUAUGACUAAGGUUUUUCGUUAUAUUAUAUAUAGACAUUUCUUAUUCUUUGAAACCAAAUCCGUUUCUCAGAAGGAAUCGAACUGUGGGUCGCGGUCGUCGACAACUUGAGAGCUUUGUUCCUGAGCAAUCUUUGGGUGAUAAAGAAGUACCUCAUCCGCCUAAUGCUCAUGGGCAACACCUGCGUGGCAAAAAUGCCUACCAGUCAGAUGUACCCAAUAAUAAUAUGAAAAAUCGUCAAUCAUCAGUCAAUGAUUCGUAUUCUUGUUAUUCUAACGGUAUGUUUAAUUUCACUGAUGUUCAUUAUUAAAUACUUAUGUUUACAUUAUAUUACAGUUAGAUUUCUUGAGAUUUGUAUAAAUAGUGUUUUGAAAAUCUUCAUUAUGUGUGUCGAUUAAAGUACACGAAAAUCCUAGGCAUUCGAUUUAGCUUUAGUUCUGUUUCAAAAUAAAUAUCUAGAAACGCAGAGCAACACCUCAGAUAAUUCCAGGGCACAAAAAAUUCUGUCGAAUUUCAUUCAGUGCUGAGAAUUGUUGUUUAGAUGGCUGCACACAAUUUGAGGACUUAUGGUUUGAUUUUAUAAAUCAUUUCAUUCCAAGAAAUCGUUGAACGUAAGAACCAUAAACAGCGUAAAGUAACAAAUGUUCUGACAGUAACAGGCUUUUUACGUAACCGAGAGUUUUCUAACAUGGCUAUUAGACGCCAUUACAAAAUAUUUUCGUUGCUUCAUUGUCGUGUCAUGAAAAGGUAUUUUGCCAACCCCAUACGUAAUUAUAUGAUAAUCGUACUCAUGUAGUGGUGCUGACUAAGUUUUUUUUUGAUGUUCCAGUUUGUAUCUGAUUGUCUUGUGUUCCUAAAUAUCACAUGUUUAUCUUUCCUAUUUUUUCAAGGUGUUAUGUCAACUGGUGAUCAUGGAAAUCCACAAGCUGACAAUAAAGCCAUUAAAAAUGAUAAUUUGGGCGCAAAUAAUGUAAAUGACGACCAAACAUCAAAACAGAACAACGGUACCUCUAGACGUAGUCAAAACCACAAUAAGGCAAGAGCAAGUUAAUAUUUGCGGAUUUAUGAUAUUUCACCAAGAUCUCAUGGUGUCCUUUUACAUACGUUGCCUUUUCCAAAAGCUAACUAUUUUGAGUUAAAAUGUGCUUUCUUACAGUUAUUAGGUUUAUCUUUCCACAAAAUGUUCAUAAUCGUAUGCAGUGUAGAUGGUCUUCCUCCUAGUAUUCUGCAUAAAUGCUCUUUCAUUUUCGGACUAUAGCUCAACAAUGACAGGACAUCAUGUGUUUGUUUAGAUUUUCGCUUAGCCUUUUGAAAUGCAUUUACACACACGCCACCACUGUGUAAUUAAACAUGACUAUGUUUCUCUCACCAGUCUGUACCUUUUUACAUUGCAACCUCAAAUUGACUGGCGAUUAUCUUUUAGCUUUUCUCUACCACUAUCCAUCGAUAAAUUUUGAUCUUUGGAAAUAAGAUUGUUGGUUUUGCGU